GGAUGUGUAGUUUUUAGGGGGCUCUACGCACUCUUACAAAACCAGAAAAAAGACUACACUCAAAUAGUCCCAGAAAGCCUUCCGUAAAAUGAGCCAAUGAGCGUUGAGGGUCUUCGCAAAGUGAACUCGGUUGGCCAAUGAGAGGCGUGAAUGCUGCUGCCUGCGUUGCCGCGUCGAAGUCCACUUAGUUUUCUAGGAGCUUGGUGCCUGGUAAACUAAACUACAGAGGAAUAAGUGGGGAUUUGAGCCUUGGUGGGCCUCACCAGUCCUCCUCCGCCUCUUCGUAGACGCCGACAGAGUCCAUCGCCCAGACGGCCAGUGACCGCGGUUGGUGCCCAGCCAGCGAAGCGGGAGCCAUGCCUGUCCCCGCUGGAUACCUCAGCGACUCCCCCGCUGCGGCCUUCGCAUCCUCGGCCUCGCUUAUCCCGCCGCCACCGAUAAACACCCAGCAGCCCGGUGUUGUCACCUCGCUGCUGUACAGCGGCUCCAAGUUCAGGGGCCACCAGAAGAGCAAAGGGAACUCUUACGACGUGGAGGUUGUUUUACAGCAUGUCACCAUGGAGGAUUCCUACUUGUGUGGGUACCUGAAAAUAAAAGGACUGACUGAGGAAUACCCAACUCUGACCACGUUCUUCGCCGGGGAGAUCAUCAGCAGGAAGCGGCCGUUUCUCACCCGGAAAUGGGAUGCAGAUGAAGAUGUGGAUCGUAAGCACUGGGGCAAGUUCCAGGCCUUCUACCAGUAUGCGAAGACAUUCAACUCUGAUGAUUUUGACUAUGAGGAUCUGAAGAACUCUGACUAUAUUUUCAUGAGGUGGAAGGAGCAGUUUCUGGUACCGGACCAUACAAUCAAAGACAUCAGCGGAGCUUCCUUUGCCGGAUUCUACUACAUCUGCUUCCAGAAAUCCACGGCAACGAUCGAGGGCUACUACUACCACAGGAGCUCUGAAUGGUACCAGUCUCUAAACCUCACCCACGUUCCCGAGCACAGCGCAGCCAUCUAUGAGUUCCGGUGACCCCGGCCGGCAUCGUGGAUCUUUUUUUCUUUUCGAUGGACAAAAGACUUGAGGCAAAACAGAGAUCUGCAGAUGCUACUGAGGAGGAAAAUGAGAACAACUAGGGAUGAGAAUUUGGUCUUUGCAGACUCUUACAUGUUCUCAGUAAGUGGAUGGACAAGGGGUUGAUCAGUGGACGGGACAGGACAAAUGAAUGUAUGGAUGGAUGAGAUAAGAAGAGAGAGCAGUUCUCCUCCCUGGCUGGAACUUGUAAAGUUAGAACCAGCAGCAGAGACUGGGUGUGGUUCAUAUCGUGUACCCUUUUCUUCAUUUGUUUUAAUGUCUGGUUUUACAAAAAAACAAAAAAAUCAAAGAAAAGAGACGCUUGGCACAGUAUCUCGAGACACUUUAUAAGCUGAGUUGGGAAUUCCCCUUCUUGUUUUGCAACUAGAAACGUUUCCAGCUUUUAUCCAGCCAAUGCAGAGUGAGCUAGAUAAACACGUUUGACUACCGUUGGACAAGGAUUCCUCUGAGGAGUCUGCUCUGAUAAACACAAUCUCUGCAGAAGUAAAUCACCACGUCUGUGUGGAAGAAAAGCAAGAGAGACGUUUUGGUUUGUGAUUAGAGCUCUUCAGGUUUUAGGAUUGGAGCUUUAAUCAGUCCAUAAGCUAGAAUGACAGUAUUUUUUUAAAGCUAAGCUGGUUCUUUGUUUGCCUGCCAAGAGGAUAUUUUGUUAUUUUGCUAAAUGAUGGAUGCAGAGUGGCACUUUGAAAGGCUGCAAUGUGAGCGACACACAAAACAAGCUUUUCCCCUGUGUUCAUAAAACUGCUUGGGAGAUUAUUAUCACAUGUGAUUGCAGUGGAUCUUGUUCUAUUGAGUUACAUUUGCACAAAGAUGGACAAUAUGUUACUAAUGCUUGCAGUCAGGAUUUUACACACACAUACCCCAGUACACAAGGUUCAAGGUGGCAGGUCAAAGGUUUGGAGCCAAAACAAUCACAUAAAAGUAUUCAGAGAGUAUUUUUACCCUGCACUCUGCAUUAAACAAAGAGCUUUUUACUCCUUAUGUGUCAUUUUAAAUUAAGAUCCCCACUAUCCCUACAUUAUGUUUCCUCGACUAUGCAACACUUUUCAACAUAGCACUCUCCAAACGUAAAACCUUCAGUUUUCAGAGACAAAAUUUUAUUCUAUCAUUAUAGUAUAUGAGAAAAAGAAAAAUCUAUCUUCAUUAAAAGAAGUAUUUUUGUUAAAAUGCCUAUGAACACUCUCCUCCCUAAUCAUGUUCCCUCUCCAUGUGAUGGUGCCAUCUUUUUAAAGCUUACCAGAGUUGUAGUAUAACAGAUCAGAAGUGGGUUUGUUUGAGAAUAAGCCUGGAUUUGAUUGAUGGUGUGACUGUAAAGAAUGGAUUGUGAAUUUAAAAAAAAAAAAAAAAAAACAUCAAAAACUCUUCA